ACCCGGGCCCACAACACGAAAUAUAUCCAGCCGGCGUAUCACGCCACUUGAAAAGAAAAAAAGAAAAAAACCCUCCACCCCUCACAAGUCCACCCCAUCACCACCAUCACUCCACCCUCAAAACGCCGUCGUUUACCCCAAAACAAUGCACACUACCACAAACCACCGCACCGUCACUAACACCGACGAAAAAAACAACACCAACUGGAUCCAAGAAGCAAUCAACGGCGGAUCUCUCAACCACGUCCACCUCGAAACCGGAUCCAACGGCUGGGCUUCACCUCCAGGAGACCUCUUCAAUCUCCGCAGCCACAACUACUUCACCAAAAAAACCAAAUCACCCUCCGGCCCAUACCUCCUCCACCCCGCCGGCGUCGACUGGCUCCGAUCCUCAACCAAACUCGACCACGUCCUCUCACGCGCCGACAACCGUGUCAUCCACGCGCUCCGUAAAAAACAAUCAACCGGAACCAACCAAAAAAGCUUCAUCUUAGCCGUUAAUCUCCAAGUCCCAGGUAGGGACCACCAUAGCGCUGUGUUUUACUUUGCUACAGACGAUCCGAUCCCCACCGGUUCACUUCUCCACCGGUUUAUUCACUCUGACGACUCGUUUCGUAACCAGCGGUUUAAAAUAGUCAACCGGAUUGUGAAAGGACCGUGGCUUGUUAAGGCGACGGUUGGAAACUAUUCCGCUUGUUUGUUAGGGAAAGCUUUGAACUGUUAUUAUCAUAGUGGGCCGAAUUAUUUGGAGAUUGAUGUGGAUAUUGGUUCCUCGAAAAUUGCUACUGCUAUUUUGCAUCUGGCGUUAGGGUGUGUGACUGCGGUUACGAUUGAUAUGGGGUUUGUUGUUGAGGCUCAGGAGGAGGAGGAGUUGCCCGAACGGUUGUUUGGGGCGGUUCGGAUUUGUCAGAUGGAGAUGGGUUCGGCGAGGGUUGUUGAGACGGUGGCGAGUAAAGUGUCGGGUGGGGCGGGUGGUGGGAGUCGGGUUCGGGCGUCGGAUAUGGAUGAUGAAGGUGAUGGUGAUGGUAAGUGAUGGAAGAGGGUGAAUUGUGGGUGAUUCAGUGUUUUAAAAUCCGGUUUUUACCGUAUCGGAUUUGGCUCAGAAACGGUUCAAUCGGGUGUAUCGGGCGGUUCAACCGGUACAACCGGCCGGUUUGAACCGGUUUUUAAAACAUUGGGGUGAUUUGUAGUUAGAUUUGAUUUAUCUGUUAUUAUAUACAUUUGAUAAUAAGUUAAUAAUAAUAACUGUGACCCUCCAUUGUUAGCUAUGAUGAACUUGUUCUUACAUGUUAUUGAAUGUUGAUGAAGAGUUUGACUUCUGUUUGUUGCUUGGAA